CAUUCUAUAGAAUAGCUGUCAAAACAACUUCCCUCUACGGCAUUCUUAGUUUUACAGCGUACCCUGAAAUGCAGGCACCUACAGGGGACUCCUCAUCAUGGACUUCAUACAUUCAUUUGGUUCAGCACUUAAUUGAGAAAUGUUUGCUCUUUAACAUGGAUCAACAGGAAUGUUCAGAGGCGCUUUGCAUGCACGCCAAUAUUCAACCCACUAUAACUGUUACGGUGUGGAAUGAAUUGGAAAAGGAGAACAAAGAGUUCUUCACAAAGUAUAACGAGAAAAAGGAAGAAAAACCAAGGCAAGAACUGAAGCAGAUAUUACAUGAUAUAUGUGCUAGAUUUGAUAAAAUCACUCUCUGAAACAUGGUUAUUGUCUAUUAUAAAUAGUUUUCUA